AGAGCAGGCUGUUGAUUGAUGGUCAGCUGCCGAUCUACCCGACGAUCAUCCUCAUCCUAUACUCUGCGUGCUAGGUGGUAGCAUGUAUGUAAACGGAUUAGUCGAUGAUAUCUAAUGUCUCGACCACCGGGCUCUAGUUGGACGAAAACAAUUGGUAACGAAAGAAUCCUUCGCAUGGCAACCAAGUACUUCUACGAAGAAAUUACUGCUUCACGUAAUUUGUAAAUCGAAUUGAAUUGGAAGAAAUCGUAAGAAAUUGCAAUGUAACUACAUGAAUCUUCAGCAUCUGCACCGCUCGAGCGGCCACUACUUCUUUCCGGGGUUGGGAAGAGUCUCGGAGUAACGUACGACGGGACGUACUCUUUCAACUCCCAGGCAGAGCAGGUUUUGAAAAAAGUCGGAAAGGAGUUUGCAUUUUUACAAACCGAAAAAGGUUGGAGCAAGAAACAAAUCAAGAUGCUCAUCGAAUCUUUUGCAUUCCCAGCAGUGACAUCGGUUUCCGUAGUGACAUUUCCGUAUUUCACACAGACAGCAAAGAAGGAAAUCGCGAAAGAGUUUGCAACAAAAAUAAAACAGAAGCUAGGCAUUCCAAAGCACUGCAGCAAUUCGGUCAUGUACAAUGCCACAGGGCUGCCGCACCCGGUGGACAGUCUGCUAGUAGAGGCAUUAAUGACUUUCUACAAGGGGGCCGCGCUCGGAAUCUGGCCCUUCCACCAGGAGGAGGAAGAGGUGCCCGAUUUCAGGCCAAGCAAAGAAGUAGAGAGUGCAGCAGGCACUCAGCCCCGCCCCCCUUCACAGGUUCAGGCCCCGCCGGUAGCUGCCUCGCAGUCGUCCGGUGCGGCUUCGCAGAACGCAGCAGGAGAUGGCGACGACUUCCCCCCCGACGACAUCCCGAGCGCAGAGCGAAUCUCCUCGCUCCGCGACCCCGUAGCAGCAACAGUACUAAAAGACAAUCCGCUAUGGGCGCAUUGCGACGAAGCAUGGACGAAUCGAAUGAACAGAAUAGCACUAAAUCAAGAAUUUCAACCAAUAGCGGCAAGCGCGGCUAGCCUGCAGGUAGGCAGGCAGUUCUGGAAGGGGGUGAACAAGAUCCACGUCUUCCCAAUGAGUAAAAUUGCAAGUAGAUUCCGUCUUCGUGACCCUGCCGAAAUCAAGAAGCACAAACUGAAAAACAACACGCGGCGAAUGAUCUCGCGUUUGAUAGAGAAGGAAGCCCGGCGACACCUGACUAGAGCCGACACGAUGGCCACCUUCACCGACGGAGGGGCGAAAGGCGACAGAGGAAGCGGUGGAGGAGCAACCUGGCGCAAGGUUCUCCCGACGGCGCCACGGCCCGCGCCAGUAGUGGCCAGCUUCUGCGGAGUGGAGUCGAAGAUCCACUUCGAACUAGAGAUAAACCCGGAUUCUUUCGACGGCGAGUGCUUCGGUUUGAUGCAUCAGAUCAACGAAAUACUAGAAAAAAUACCAGCAGCAAUACUAAAAUCAAUAAGAAGACACGUCUUCUACAUCGAUUCCAACGGACUGGUGAUGGCGAUAGAAGCACUGCGCGACAAAUCCAACGUCAUGGCGAUUGACAUCGUGAAGGCCCUGGAACGUCUUGAACAAGCAUCGGCUCCGGGGGUUGAGAUCAUCCUUAACUGGUGCCCGUCGCACUUAGGGUGCUAUUUUAACGACUUUGCAGACGCAAUGGCAACAAGAGGCCUGAAGCACGUAGGAGACUCGUCACAGGGACGCAAAACCUUUGAAAAAGUCAUCACCGAAAAGCUUCUGCGGAAGAUAGUCAGUCAGAUAGUGUACAGCUGCCCAAGGGGAUACAGCAGCACCCACCCCGCCUUACUACGCAGGUCCGAAGAGCUAGGGCAGUACCAAAGUCACGAAAAACGCCCUCGCUUCAUAGAUAACGCAAUGUGUCUAGUAUGGUUAGGGGUGGGAAACCAGGGGCAGCUUGGCAUGGGAAAGACUGUACACGACGCCAGGAACCCUUCAAGCAGUUACAUGAGUUGUCCGAUCUGCGCGAAAAAAGUGACCCCAAGCACUGACCACGUUUUGUAUGAGUGCGAAGAUGUGCACUUAGUGCAAUUGCGAAAAGAACAUCUAGGCUGGCCACGACAAAAGUCGUGCGAAUCUCGCACAAGUUAUUUAAAAGAGCCGAAAAACGUGAAGAACAUUCUCAACUACUACGAAGCCGCCUCGAGACAGUGCGCGGGAAUUCUUCCCACGGGGCUAGCGAACGCGAUACGGGCGGGGCAGGAGAAGUUCAACGCGGCGGAGUUCCAGGAGGUCUUGGAGUGGCAACCCGAAAAAGCACAGACGAAAGUGCACGAGCGAGACCUAGAAAAAAUUGCGAAGUGGAUCGGCGAUCUGUAGCUCGACAGCGUCAGCAGCAUGAGAAACAGCAGAAAAAGCGGCACCGUGCAGCUUCUUCCCUUCUGUUGAUUGGCGCGGCGCCAAACACCAGACGAAAAAACCACAGCCCCGACCACCCCCAGAGCCUGUCUUCUCAUGCGCAAUUUUGCCACCGAGCCAAACCGCAGGGCAGCACCACGAGGCGCUGCAGAAAUCCCCACCCUCCCCCCCACAGUCUGGCCAUGGUGGCAAGAGAUACCUCAGGCGGCAGGGCAAGUGUGGGGCGUUAGUGCGGGAGGAGCGGAACCACACACAGUGCGUCCCCUGGGCUCUCCGGAGCCGGAAGUCAGGCACCGUGGGUGCGCCAAGUGGGAGGUGGGGAUAAAGGAGCAGCACCAGGAAGAUCGGGGGAAAAGUGAGAUGAUGUUGAGGCGUGUGUUGAGGCUGAAAUUUAGCUACAGGCACCGAGCUGCAGUGCAUAGUUAAGAAGGACGAAGAACGCGAAGACUGUCCCUACUGAGCUCGAUCGCGAGCGCAAAGCGCGGAGGGCAUCAGGGGAGAACAGUAUACAUAAAACGCAGCUGUCGCUCACCCGCUAAGCCCUUCCUAGAGCAACGAGCUUAGAUAGAAGUGCUUAGAUAAAAGUGCCACGAAAGUAUACAAAAAGCUCAAGACGUCUAAGCCCAUAAGGCUUACGCGCUAAAAUAGCCGCGUCGAGCCGUCGCAGGGGAUCCGCUCGGCUUACGAUGGCUAGUCUGAGGAGGGGUUUUCCUUAGUUCGGUUCGCCAGCAGGUAGCGUGGAAGAGCACCUGCGGGGACCUGUCGUCUUUUGUUCAGCUUUUCAGGUUCAUUCAAACAAUAGCCCGCUUUAAGCCUAAGUCUUGAUUUUUACGUGCGCGCCAAGAGCGGUACGCUCAAGACAGCAGCGGUGCUACAAGGCCACAGGUAAACCAUCCCUACGCCUUCCGGUUUGACCUUGACGAACUGACUACCAAAACUGUCCCGGAUUCACCCACGAAAGCCUUCGACGAGGGUAACGCCUCCGCAUAAUCCGCGGGUAGAUCAGACGGACCACAGAAAGGCGUUGCGAGGUGGAAACGACAUCACGAUAGCGGGAGAGCGGAUACAAGGCCUUCGUUCUACUGUGUGGCGUGCGUUGUUUACUAGUCCUGUCUAGCUUGCUAUUGUCCUGUCUAGCUUACCUGUUCCUCAGCGCUAUUGCGCUCGCUACAGCUCUGCUUGGAAAAAACAUUUUACAGUUUGGCCUCCGCUUGUGGAAGGUCGGCGAUUCGCGCCUUCUCUGCUCUGCUAGCCGCGCGCUACUCUUCAAGUUCGUGUGGGCUCCUGGUGCUGCGAUCACCGUCGGGAGCUAAAUAACAUGAGAACAUAAGGACGUCGGGUCUUUGAAGGCUAUUCAUUACAAGACCUAUUUCGAUUAAUUUUGGCUUUUUGUAGCGUUCACGCACAAGAGCUUUCUUUGAUCGAUCUAGGCCCGCCGAAGUUUUGCGUGCGGGUUUGGCCCUCUUCUACCCCUCGAAAAAAGGGGAGUCGCCUGACCCUUAUGGUCGUCCCUGCCGCCGGUGGUUGCGUGCGCGUCGCCACUCUGAUCUGAUCUGAUCUGCUAUAUAGGUUAUCUCUCUCUCUCUCUCUUUCCGAGUUACAACAAACACACAAGAUCCAUGUCAUUUUUGCCUGGUGCAGGUGGCGUUUUCCGCACCUGGUCAUCGCAGCUACCGAAGAUGAUCUUGCGAGCAAAAAAAUGCAAGAGAGGACUACAAAUGGCACAAAUGCUGAGCGCCAUGGUCCUCACGGUGACGAUACUCUAUCGUGCUUCAUCUGUUUCCGCCCUCACCAGAACCCGGAGCAGUCGGGGCGACGCCUGCAAUAUUUUCGGGAACAUGGGCGGCGGCGGUGAGGGCGGUGAAGCCAUAGUUCUCCAGCCCGGCGAGGACGAUUGUUGGAACCACUGUGAUAUGCAUUGCAAAAGCAUCGAACUAGUACAAACUGCAUUGCAAAUUUUCUCAGCAUGAAAAAUUGAAUUUGUAAUGCAUAAAGGCAAUUAGCACGAGUGCGAUACUUUUGCACAGGAUAUGCGACCACGAAAACGGUCCCUGCGCCGCGUGCGGCACCGGGGGGAUGUGCUGCCGGAUUGGCUUUGAAGGGAACGGCUGCAACGGAAGCAUCGGAGGGUCGGGGUUUCACACCUGUGUCAUCCGUACUUGAUGUUAUUUUUGAUGUUUUGUAGAUUUUGUUUUUUAGAUUUCCCUUUUGUGCCUGCUCCGUUGGCGAUCGGUCAAGCUCCGGUGGCGAUCGGUUGAGACACUAAUCGCCAGCUACCUACAAGCAGGAACAUAGAUGCGACCUGUUAAGUUGCGAGCUUGUAGCACAGCGAUGCUUGUUACUUCUUGGGACGAGAUCUUUGCAAUAAAAGCAAGCCGAAGCCUCCUGUUUUUGUGUACUUAAAUUUCAUCGAACAUCUGUACUUUCACAGCGUGGACCGCGGGCCAAUUGGUCCGGGUGCGGGAUGUCCCAUCCGCGCCCGCGAAUCUUGUCGGCCGCUACGGAACCGUCGUGGACGAGGACGACAUUUCCUUUGCGGAUAGCGCCGAUUUCAAAAUCAUCCAGUUGCAAGAAGACAGCAAUGUUGGGGAGGACGAGAGGAAGGGCAUGGAAAACGAAAGAGCCAGGUCCCUCGCGCCCGCCAGCAGCGGAGACAUGAUCAGUGGUACAGCUGAGCUGCAAGUACAAGACCAGAACUCGUUUACAGGAGGUCCUGAGCAGUAUCACCAACCGCAUGUGACUCUGCACGUCGACGCACUUGCUCCGCUGGUGAAAACAAGUAACAAAGAGAGGGUUCCGAUACCGCAGCAAAUCGCGAUUUCAGUCGACAAGGUUUUGUUCUACAACUCGCCGAGUGGUAGUGCUGGUACACCUACUUUGGGAGUUGGACGACCGGGGAGCAGUUCUUCUUUAUCUUCGAAGGUGAAUUUUUUAUCCAGCAACACCCUGCAGAAGUCCGGAAAAGUGACCUACGUGACCGAACUACCGGCGUCGAGCAACAAGAAGUUCGAGAAACAAAAAGGGCGGGAAGAAGUAGCGGGCCACGCUCGACGCGACGAGGUAGUGGUAGACGACCCGUUCUCAGACCCGCAGGUGGUGACUUAUGGCGUUCUCAAACGUUACGCUCUCAGCUGUUGCAUGAAUUUGUAACGCAAGAACAGCUAUAGCCGAAGAGGCAAGCUUGCUGCUUUCGCAUCACAGAGCUGGCACAGAUUUACGCCCUGUUUAGCCCUUCGGAGAUUUGUCAUGCGUAGCCGCUUGAUCAUCUGGCGGCUUGAGGUAGUUUUGCAUGACAAAUUCAUCCCCCAGCUCGCCCAAGCCAGUAGCAACAAGCUCAAUCGAGUCUUGUUCCCCAAGCACAAUAGAUGCGAGAAAGGGGCGCGCAAUAGAUGCGAGCUCAAGGCUUGGCAGCGCUGGGGGAGAUGGUGUGGGCCACGACGCGGGAGCUUUCCCGCCGUGGAAUCGACAAUGGGCCUGGCAUUGACGUUUUGCGCUUCUAUGUUAGCUGCGCAGCGGCUCCAUCGUCCGUCACGUCCGCGCCUCGUUUGGAUCGUGAGGUCAAGAUGUGCAGCUCCGUCGAUUCAUUCUCAGCUGCAACCUUUACACUAGCCUUUGCCUGGCUCUCAGGUGCUUGGCUUUCAAAAGAUAAAGGCUCUGCCAUAUGCUUACCGGAAUUUCCUAAACCGCAUCGCAGGCUGGUUUCGUGCCUGCGGUGUCCGUAAGAUUCCGAAUAGUAUCUACUUUGUACGCAUGGGACCAGCUGCAGGCUGCUGCUUCCUCAUAGCAGUUAGCCUGGUCGGUCCCUGCGCAGUUUGUGAGCGCUAUAAGUUGGAUCGUUGGCGAACGUUAAACGUAUGUUGGCGAUAAGUUGGACUGGUGGCGAAAGUAAGGUAAAGUUGGCGUGUAGGAUGAUGUGCCCGAGCGUGAUGGCGAUGGCUUCGGUCCGCCUGAUUCCACGACCUGGUGGCCGAACCAUCUGCGGUGAGGUGCCCUUACAGGUUGUGUAGUGGUUUCGGUCGGUUUAGCAUGACAAAUUCAUGUAACAGCUGAGAGUGUAACGUUUGAGAGUCCCAUAUGACUUUCAAGGGGAUUGCGUACGGACAGGCGGAGGUCUGGGAGGCCCCGAAACCGCCGAGGGCGGAUCAGCUUGGACAGCCGGUAGUUGUGGCACAGCCCGCAGCUUUUGUGGUCCCAGGAGCUGAUGCGCCACCUGCUGGAGCCGCUAGUACCGGGGCGGCGAGUGCCGGAGCGGCAACCAGCACGGUCGUGUCUACGCAGCGACAAGUUGCAUCUCCGCCGUCGAAUUCGCUUCCGAAGAACACCCGGCGCCGAGUGCCGAUGAAGAAGAACGCGAAUAGUGGGCAACUGCAGGGAGAGGAUAAAGAUGACGCAACUUCGAUGAGAUUGUCCGCUUUCCGCCCGGAGGACCAACACGCACUGUCCUCAGGAGCUCCUGCAGCGCAAGGAUCGUCAUUUGUGGCAGUCGUACAACCACCUCCACCCUCCCCUUCCAACUUUCGAUUUUUCGCGAUUGAGUCUCGAUCCGGGUGCCAAAACGGCGAGUUGCACCGGAACCCGGACCAGGCCUCGAGCCGAAAUUGCCUGCGCCUCGACAUCACUAUGCCGGUCAGGAGGGCGUUGGAACUGCAGGCGAAGCAACAAGGGCAGGGAACAAAGAUUGGAACUGCAGUCCAAUCUUCUACAGCUUCCGCCGCGGGCACGUCUUCUACUACUGCGACUCAGACAUCAUCGCCGCACCAAAAACUUCUGCAGCCACCCGUCAAAGGAGCCCCUGCUGCUGGCGGAACCGCGACAAGCACGACGAGUACUUCUACCUCAGCGCAGCACACGAAGAAAAUGCCCGUUUUCGUGUACUUCGCGGGCUCUUGUUUUGCGGACGGGAGCCAAACCGACGGGAAGCAGUUUUUGAAGAAUCUCCUCCAGUAUUCGAGGGAGGAAUUUCUCUUUGUCUCGUUGCAAAUCCGCGCCGGAACGCUAGGACACGCGGCCAGCACUGGGCUUGUGUACAGCGGUACUACAACUGGUGCCGUUGCAGCAGGCGACCCGUUAUGAACUGCAAAAGUAUCGUACUCGUAUAAAUGCAUUACAAAUUUCAUCAGCAUGAGAAAUUUGUAAUGCAGAUUUGCCUUAGGAACAAGAUUUGUAAUGCAAGACUUGCAUUAGCAUUUAUACGAGUACGAUACUUUUGCACAGCAUACCCGUAUCAUCAGAAGGAGAAAGACGCCGACUACGCCAACUGGUCUCUGCUGGAUUCGCGCCUGGCCCUGCAGUGGAUUCAGCGACACAUCCACCACUUCGGGGGGGACAAGACCCGUGUGACGCUGUUCGGGCAGUCCUCGGGGGCUUGCAUGGCCUCCGCGCAUUUUGUCUCGCCGAAGAGCUUCGACCUAUUUUCCAACGUAAUUGCGAGUAGUGGGGGCUUUAACGGGUGGUGCACGGCGGGGCUGGAUGUGGCAGAGGACCAAUUUGAAAGUUUGUAUGUGCAGGCGACCAAAUAUUUGAAACAGGAACCGGAAUGCUUGCAGCUUGGAGGUACUAGUAGCAGCGGCGUUCUUCCUGCGGGCGCUGGCGCUGGACAUCUCGGAACUGCUGCGGGAGGUGGACCUGCCACCGCGUGGCCACAGAGCCGUGCUGCGGGCAGUUUGCCCUUGUUUCGAGACCCAUCUUUGCAACAUCUCCAGCAAGAAUUUUCUGGAUCAUUGUCUCCAGGUGGUGGAAUUACGACGAAACCGCCCACUGCCGCGAACUCGCCAAAAGUUCCUGCGCUGAAGAGAAGCAAACUCGGGAACAGCCGGCAGGAUCUACAACUGGCAAAGGAAAGUGAAAGUAGUGACAAAGACCGCAAAGGUGGACCGCCAUCGCGAGCUGCUGGAACAAACAACUCGUCCUCGUCGUUCCAUGAUAUUCGCAAGAACUCCGAGAAGCAGACUUGCAUGGCUGCGUGGUUGAAACAGCAGGUGCACACACACAAAACGCUGUCCGAGUACGAUCUGGCCGGUUUCCCGGUUCCGUCGCCCUGCUUUUCCGGCUGUGAUUCGAGCUUGAUUGUGGACAAAAAACAGAUCCUCGCGUCCAUGCCCGAGAUCUUGAAGUACGGCACGGCCGGGGUGCACUUCGCACAGAAACCCGUGUUGCACGGCUACACGCGGGAUGACGGCUUGGACUUCAUGGGAGAGGCAAAGGUCGAGGUGCCGGUAACGGUUGCACCACCACUAACCGGAGGUGGGAGUGACGCGGGAGCCGCGCAUUCUGAAUAUGGACAGCAGCAGCAGCUGCUGCAACACGAGGCCGAUCGUAUUCUGAACAUGGACAUUGACGGCGAGGAACAUCAAGGCCACGAUGGAACAGCAUCAGGGAUGCAGCGCUCGACGUCGACCUCCUCUGCGUCUUCUAGCGUCGCAGAAGGUGGUACUUUGAGCGGCGGAUCGGGUGGAGACGAAACGAGCAAUGGGACGGGCAGUGGGACUGGUACUGCGACCACGAGUCGAGCUUCUUCUUCGUCCGGCGAUGUCCAGAUGAUAGCUCCAGAUGAAGAACACGUCGAACAAGGGACCACCGCAACCGUGGGUCGUGAUGGUGUAGUUUCUUCCAACAUGCAGCCAAAUUAUGGCUUCAAGAACAAAUCUGGAACUAAAACGAAACGCAAAACGCUGAGCUGGCGCAGGCUUUUGACCAGUCGCGAGGCGUUCCUGAAGUAUCUGAAAUGGGCCUUCUACGUGCCGGGAGGUGUGGUGGAAGCGGAUCAGGUCCUUGAAAAAAGGAAGACCUCACCGGCGAGGACCGAGGUGGCAAGAAAUCAAGGAAAUUUUCAAAGCCUAGAACCGUGGUCAACAUCGGCAUCAAGUCCUCCAGCCAAAGGCGGAUUUACGAAGAGGACACACGAAGAACGUCCGGAACUUGAUGCUCGCGAAGAUCAAGAUUCCUGGUUCUUCGAUUUCAGUCAACAGCUCGCGGACGCGUACGCGCCCGCGGAAAGUGAUACCCUUCGGGAUGCGGAACAGGACCGCGCAGCUGCUGCUGCGUCCAACAAGGGUGGAAUGCUAGUACAGCCGUUCUCAAUUCUCUACAACAACCUCAACGCCAGUGGUCCGAACGGAGGUGCUGGCUGUUGCGCUGUGAAUCUGUUGAACGACCUGCGAGAGUUCGGCCGGGGUGCCUACCAAGCGGUGUGGUCCCGGAUCCGAGACUCCUGGGCCGGCCAGGCGAGUGGUCGGCUGCUGCGGCGAGGGUCUUCCUCCUUUCAACUGUUGGAGGCAGGAGGAGGCGAGGAUGGAGUGGCUGCGUCAGCUGGUCGACGUGGUGCACCAGCUGGGGAAGCAAGUGACCAUCUGGAUUUAGUACAGCAAACAGGGGCCGCCGCGGCUGGAGGUGAACUACAUCAAGACCAGGAUGUUGUGAUGGAUGAUCGAGAACCAGAACAAGGCGAUGACCUCCACGACCAAGAUGUUAUUGAACAAGCUGGUUCACCCAGUACUUCUUAUUUCAAUUACCUCUCGCACCCGAAAUCGCAGUCUAAGCCGACGCUGCCGAUUACGGACGAGAAGUCCCCCUUCAAGAAGCACAAGUCGUGGUUUUUCGCCACUGAGCGGGCCUUCACCUCUUGGGAGUACACCUGUCCGACGGAAUUUGCGAGCGACGUUCUGGCGGAGAAGGGGAUUCCAGUUUACGAGUACGGGUAUGUGGACGAUAACGACGACGAAAAUUAUCUCCCUUUAGUCCCGCACGGCUGGGAAAGUUGGCCUUUGUUCGCGAAACAUACAGAGGUGAAAAGAACUUCUAGUUCAACAUUCUGUGCUGGUGACCACGACCGAGUUCUUAGAAUCGGCAGUAAGACCUCUGUGUCUGUGUCGAUGAAGAAGAAAAACGAGAUGGCGACCUUGGCGAGUCAGAUGGCGCGGUACUGGGCCAACUUCGCGAUUUUUGGGAAUCCGAAUGGACUGGGAAGAACUUCAGCAGCUGCCGGAACUGCUGCUGGUGGACCACUGGACGAGUCACGACACGAAGGCCCAAUGCAAAGACCAAUUCCACAAGCCGCAGCACAGCUAGGAAGGGUGGGAGGUGGAACUGCUGCAACAACUUCUUCCACAACAGUAAACCACAACGACGGGCUGUUCACAGAUUUUGGGUUUCUUAUGAAAAAAAAAGAACUGGAAUCGGCGCUCUUGCAGGAAUAUCGCAGGUUGAAAGAAACAUUGGCAAUGUCGGAACAAAGUAGUACCUCGACAGAGCCAUCCCAAUCCUCUUUUACUGUCGGCGCGGUUUCACCAUCGGGGAUGAGUCGGAGUGCUGGAGUGGAGGAAGCAGCUUCUGUCGAAAAAUCUGUGCAGGGACGUCUGCAAAAAACACGGGUCGUGUCCUCGGUAUCGAAAGUAGUGGAGCAGCAGAAAGUUAAGAAUCGCCUGAUGGUGAUGAAACGCUUUCUAGCCCCGGAAGAUGUGGCCAGAUUGGAACAAGAAGGUGAGAUUUCCUGCUCCCCAACCUUGCAGCUGACAGGGGGGAAGAUGUUAACAGGAACGGAAACAUCGAGCCCGUUUCACGGGUAUCAGGUGCAAUUCCAAUCAUCUCCUGCUGGAACCACAACUAUCUCGCCGAGAGCGUCGAACAAAGGGAAGAAGCUGGCUGCUCCUUCAGAACUAGCGCAGCAAGGGCGUUGUGCGCAAAACAGUAGCGGUGCUCCACCUCCGACGAGCUUACCGACUGGGAAAAUAAAGAAAGCGGGACUGCUGAUGUCCCCUGGUGCCGACUACACCACGACAAACACCCGCGCUAGUAUGGAAGCGUCAGGUUAUUUGAAAUCGACAAAGUUGCUAUGAUUUGCCAUGCAUAAAACGGAUACCAGUUGGAUACCCAAUUUUCAAGCGGUGCAUGACAAAUUUUCCGAGCACCAGAACUCAAUUUGUCAUGCUGUUUGUGCACAGACGACUGCUUUUGUCAUGCUCCUUUAGCAGCUCUACUUCAAGCCCUAAACUGGCUGACGCUCGGCCUCACUUGCCAUCCCGGCAAGACAGACACUUCAUGCCUUGCAUUUUAUGCAUGGCAAAUCAUUUCAACUUUGACGAUUUCAAACCUGACGCUUCCAUAGCUAGCAACGCGAGCACGGCUGUUCCGGAUGAGGACUCGUGUGCUGAAGGCUCUUCGCGGAGUUCUAUCGGGAGCUUCGGUUUUGCGGCGUUGCGGCUCGAAGAUGAUAGCACAACGAGGUUUUCAUCAGUGGAUGAAAGUAGUACAAGGAAGAAGACACGAACUUCUGGUCUCGUUCUUACGUCCACCGCGAAGGACGGGCAGACCGGCAAGCAUGAGGAACCAUUGAUAUUACACCCAGAACUUCUGCCGCCGCUGCCCCACUGGCCCCGGUUUGAGUCGAAAGAAGAUCCUUUCGGGUUUUCGCUCGCCCGCGGGGAGCAGUACAUGGGACUGAAUCAGCGACUGGACACGCAGGCGCAGUGCGGGUUGUGGAAAGAAAAUUGGGCGGAGCUGUUUGUUUGCCUGAAAACCAACGACAGGCUUUGGUCAAUGGGGGAGAACUAGGUAGUUGGAAGACGAAACAACAACGACGAAAGUGGAGGGGAUGAAAGACAAAAUAUGAUGAUUGCUCGAAGAUCAAAAAGGAAAAGGAGGUCGAGAAUACAGGUACUCUUACUCUAUACUUGUGUGAAAAUUUCACAAAUUAAUACAGCACGACAUCAAAUGUAGAUGUCUGCGCCACACAACGCAUUUAAUGACUUGCAAGGAUGUGCGAGUGUCUAUCUCUAUGCCUAUGGCUAUUCUCAAUACGAUGAUCUUCAAUUUUUGGAUAUGCAUUUACGUCAACAGCGCCUAAUCAUCGACGGGGUAGCUGCAAUUUUGAACAACGAGGAACUUGAGCCUGACAUCGAUGCAAGAAGUUGACUCUUCACAACCGGCUCAUUCUCAUUUCACUUUCAGUACUUAGAAGACAGGCUGAAGUUUUUGGAUACGAUAGAAGACGGCUUCUGCAUGUGUAUGCGAUGCCAAAAAGUUGUCCGCGAUUCUCAGAAUCCUGUGUACUGCACCAGCUUAU